AAAGUUAAAUCCACGCCUUUUUUCUCGGCAAUUCAAUUUACGCCGCCAUUUUCAUCUCUCUCUAUCUCUCUCCUCUCCCAUUUGCCUUCCUCUCUCAAUCAGAGAGAAGGAGAAACAAAUGGCGACCAAAUCCGAGAAAUUUUCAGCUGAUUUUGUGAUGGGUGGUGUCGCCGCGAUUGUGGCUAAAAGUGCAGCGGCGCCGAUUGAAAGGGUCAAGCUUCUGUUGCAGAAUCAGGGAGAGAUGAUAAAGAGAGGGCAUCUUAAGAAGCCUUAUCUGGGCAUUCAUGACUGUUUCAGAAGAGUUUUGAGAGAAGAAGGGCCGUUGUCACUAUGGAGGGGAAAUCAGGCUAACGUCAUUCGAUAUUUCCCUACUCAGGCUUUCAACUUUGCAUUCAAAGGUUACUUCAAAACGAAAUUCGGGCGCUCAAAAGAGAAGGAUGGAUACAUCAAGUGGUUUGCAGGAAAUAUUGCUUCAGGAAGUGCUGCAGGAGCAACUACAUCGUUUUUUCUGUAUCAUUUGGAUUAUGCACGCACUCGACUAGGCACCGAUGCAACGGACGGUGGCAGAAACAGCCAGCGCCAAUUUAAAGGGUUGCUAGAUGUCUACAGAAAAACCUUGACAAGUGAUGGAAUUGUUGGUCUAUACCGAGGAUUUAGUGUUUCAAUUGUGGGAAUUACUCUGUAUAGGGGCAUGUAUUUUGGGAUUUACGACACUUUGAAGCCUCUUGUUCUUGUUGGGCAGUUUGAGGGGAACUUUUUUGCUAGCUUCUUAUUGGGGUGGAGUAUCACAACAUUUUCUGGGGUAUGCGCUUAUCCUUUCGACACGCUGCGACGAAGAAUGAUGCUUACCUCUGGACAAACCCUGAAGUACCACAGUGCUUUACAUGCAUUUUCCGAGAUCAUUCGCCAUGAGGGUAUCGCUGCUCUUUUUCGAGGAGUCACUGCCAAUAUGCUUGUUGGUGUUGCAGGGGCUGGUGUUCUUGCAGGUUAUGAUCAACUGCACGAAAUUGCAUGUCGACAUGGUUACUCCUAUGGCGGGCAACAACAUCAAAUAGCCUCGAAAUGACCGAAAAUGGUAUGUUCAACUUCAUAAUUGAACCUGAAGUAGAUCUAGGGAAUUAAAAGGCUGAAGAUGUUUAUUCACUAGAAAAUGCCCUCCUAGAAUUUACAAAGAAUUUGAUGCCUUUGUCUGUGUAUAGUUCAAAUACAUCUACAUUUGUUGGUUGUUUAUGUAAUUCAUGACUUCAAGUUGAAAAUAGAAUACAUUUGUUGGUUGUUUAUC